AUUGUAAGGGUGGGAUUUCCAGGCUUUCAGAGAGCUCAAUGUAUUCCUGCCUCUCUAUCUUAGGACCUAUGCGGCUUCAACGAUAGCGAAGACGGACUGGUUGUACCUUUCAUAGCCAUACUAAGGCUUGUAUACUGGACACUGGAUCUUUUUUCUACAUGCGACUCCAAUCGGAAUAAAUAAUUGAGGAAUGUGGAAAUUACAGAAUGCCCAACAGCGCUGGAAAGAGAUUUAAACCCACCAAAUACAUCCCAGUGUCCACUGCUGCCACACUCCUUGUGGGUUCGACUACUUUAUUUUUCGUUUUCACGUGUCCCUGGUUGACUAAGGUGAUCUCUCCCGCUGUGCCGCUCUACAAUGGCCUGGUCUUCCUCUUUGUCUUGGCCAACUUCAGCAUGGCAACCUUCAUGGACCCUGGUGUUUACCCCAGAGCCGAUGAGGACGAGGACAAGGACGAUGAUUUCCGAGCGCCGCUCUACAAGAACGUGGAGAUCAAGGGCAUUCAGGUCCGGAUGAAGUGGUGCGCCACCUGUCACUUCUACAGGCCGCCUCGCUGCUCGCACUGCAGCGUCUGUGACAACUGUGUGGAGGACUUUGACCACCACUGCCCCUGGGUGAACAACUGCAUCGGACGGAGGAACUACCGCUACUUCUUCCUCUUCCUGCUGUCGUUGAGUAUCCACAUGGUGGGAGUUUUUUCCUUUGGCCUCCUCUUUGUCCUCCACCACAGAGAGAGGCUGGGAGCGCUGCACACCACGGUCACUCUGGUGGUGAUGUGUAUAGCAGGGCUUUUCUUCAUUCCAGUCAUGGGACUCACAGGUUUCCAUAUGGUGCUCGUGGCUCGAGGUCGAACAACCAACGAACAGGUGACGGGCAAGUUUCGUGGAGGAGUAAAUCCCUUCACCAAGGGUUGCUGUGGCAACGUGGAAUAUGUCUUAUGUAGUCCCCUGGCGCCUAGGUACAUGCUGGACCCCAGAAAAAAGCCACACAUCAAAAUUCAGCCCCCAUUCAUCAGACCAGAUCUCUCAGACAGGCAAAUAACCAUUAAGGUCAGUGACAACGGCAUCCACGGCACCAUCAUCAGCUCUAAGUCUAAAAGCAGCCUGGACGGCCUAGAUGACAAAGAAACCCAGCCACCGCUGCCCCCCAAAGCUGACAGGUACAACCAGCUGAAAAGCCAGCUGACCUCCAGCGAAGAGAGUUCUCUUUCUGGUAAGACCCACCCCUCCACUCCAGCCAUGUACAAAUACAAGCCAUCCUUUGGCACCAUGCCGAAAGUCCACUACCACACUGCUGGAGAGAAGAUUAUCAUACCAGAUGACCGGAAGACAUCGGCCAUCUUGGAGGAGGGUGUCCGUGGUCAUGACUACCGAUCUGAGCCAAAUCUGGACCUGCCUGAAUACACCAACGCUCCCCUCCACCGCACCUUCCAGUCCUCUCCCCUACAGCUGGACUCUGACCCCAUAAACUCCCGCACUCUCAGCCUGAAGCAGGGUCACCGUCGGCCAGAGAAGGGCCAGCUUCCAGCCCUGCAGCCGCAUACAGUCACAUCCACCCCCUACAAGAGUGUCUUCUCACCCAACACACUCUCCAACCGUAAUGGUAGUCUGUCUUACGACAGCCUGCUCAACCCCACCAUAUCCCCAGCCACUGCCAGUGAGUGCAUGGCCCAUCGUGGUAUGCCCUCCAUGGGGUUCCACUCGCCGUACCUGCCCACCAAAAUGUGCCACAUUCGGGAACCUGAAAUGCAGAGGCAGCAGGUUGCCCCUGCCUACAGUCCAGUGAUGCCACCCAGAGGAGUGGGCAGGCAGUCCCCUCACCCAAGGGACAGGGACCCAUCCCCGGUGCGCUACGACAACCUCUCUCAGACCAUCAUGGCCUCCAUCCAGGAGCGAAAGGAGAUGGAGGAGAGGGAGAAGCGGCAGAUGAUGCAUGGGCGCUCCCAGACCCACAUCUAUGCCCAGGACUCUGGUGUGUUUGAUGGGGGUUAUGGCCUACCCUCCAAUGCUUGCUAUCCAGAUGGGCCUCGCCGUCCCGGUUCCAGAGGCCCAACACCCCCAGCCUAUGGAGGUUCCAGGGACAACCUGAUGGGGGUUGGGCUGGUGAGCUAUGGCCAGCGAACCCCUGUAUUGCGCCAUGCUGGCUCCACGCUGGGCCGUGCCCCUAGGACUUCAUCCACCUCCCUACACACAGAUCACAGUAGCACCAACAGCAGCCAGAGCAGGGCCACUGGCCCUGAGGGCCCCUAUCGCUCCCCAGCCCACCAGCCCCACUCCCCUGCUAUGCCUCGAUCCCCCUCCUACUCUCAUCAGAAACUCUCCUACAUCAAUGCCCAUGAGAGGACAGACUCACCUCGUCUGGGGGGCCCAAGAGAGGCCAUGAAAGUUAAUGGGCAGAUGGACUGCCAUCCCAGUACCCAGGGUACCACCCUCAGUCCCAGUCGCCACAGUAACGUCAAAAAGGUGACAGGCGUAGGAGGCACCACAUAUGAGAUAUCAGUGUGACCAGGGACAUCCACCUCCAACCACAACGUUCACCCUGCUACAAAGACAUUCACUCUGUUAUUUUGGUGAAGUCUAGAUAACGGCCAGUCAGGGGCACGCAGCACUCCCUGUUUUGGAGUUAUUGUCCAAUCAGAGGGUCUGUCUGCUCUUGUGCAGGUCUGUCUAGCCAAAUGCCUGUGUAUGUUUGUACCCAAGGGAUUGGUUGUCAGGUGAUACUGCUGCAGUCUGUACUGUAUGUGUGAGGAGUGUCUUGUCAAAUUAACAUUUUUGUGGCUCAUCAUCUUUGUUGUAAGAGUGAACCGUCCAACAAGAUUGUCAAUGUUAUUACUGUUGUCUCUCAGCUGUGGUCAUGAAGCGUACAUUGUUCCAAAUGUCAGACAAACUUUGCUCCAAGAGGCGCUGAAGGCUGAACAAAAACACUACAGACGAACACUGAUAUCCUCACUAUGGACUUCUGUGAGAAGAGACUAAUGUCAAUUCACCUCAAGAAGUCAAGGUGCUUCACAUUAACCUGUUACUGUUCAUGUCAUCUCCAGCAUACAUGGUGGAGUUGUACAGCUUUGAGAAGCGAUGAGGACAGAUCAGUUAGAUUAACCGCAAGUGCAGGAGUGAAACGAGAAACUGGGAAAGGGGGUAUGAAGGGGAAUUUCAUUGGAUCAUGUCUGGUGGUUGCAUUCCAAAAUUCAUUGAGAAAGGCUUGGUAUUAAUUAAAAGUAAAAUAAACAGCAAUUUCAUCUUAGUGCAAAAGAAUUUUCUCAGGAAUGAAUGCAAGCAGCGGAAAUGUUAGAUGAUAUGAAACCACAAAUCAUGAAUGUCUCCUUCUUUGUCUCAGUCGAGUGCAGAUAUUUAGGGCUUGAGAACAGCUUAGCCCCCUUUACUCCCUUCACUAAGGUGCAGUAUGUCAUCAUAGGUUUCUGUUAGUUUUAGUGAGUUUGAGUUCAGUUAGUUCAACAUGACCCAUGACACAAGAGCUGGGCUGAAAUAUGCGCGUUCUGAAAGAUCAGAAUACCUCAUCCCAACGGUUCUCACAGAGUUCAGAGUCCAGCCUUGCACAACCAAAACAACUUUUCUGUUUAUGUUAUGUCUAAAAGAAAAAAAGAAGAAGAAAAUUAGUUUAGUAUUAAGUUAUGUUUGUGUUAUAAUCAUAGGAUUGGAAGGGUGAAGAAAACAAGCCAUUGUCCAACGUAGUAAAAUGAAAAUAACUGGUCCCCGUUUAUUAUUUUGUAGGGUUUUUUUUAAAUCAGUUUGUUUCCUUUUUAUAUACCCAACCUUUCAAAAAACUAUGUUUGAUACAUCUUUUUUAUACACAUACUUAAACCUGGAAUGGAUGUUUUAUUUUGAGUGGAGUUUGUGUUGAUAAAUUAUAUAUUCAGUAAAUAAAUGAGAUCAUGAAUGAUGGGUAAAAUCCAUAUAGUAAAUAUAGCUUGUUAUACCUUGCAGUGUAAAAAAUAUAUAGAAUGAAAUGUAAUUAGCUGAUAUGUGAUGUUGAGAACAUGAAAUAUUAAAGUCACAGUCUUUGACUUGGUAACACUCACAUGGUCCACGCGGACUUGCCAAUAUGUGCUGUUCCCAAGCCAAGGAUUGGGCUUUAAGUAGAAGCAGCCUUGAGCUUUCAGUGCCAAAAAUGGCUACACACCCCCCUUAAUUUCUCAGACAGCAAACAGGUCACAUCAUAAAAAUGGAAAAUGUCAAAUCAAAUUGCAGCAGCUGUCUGGUACAGCUUUGGUAUUGCCUGCCAGGUAGAAAGGAACUUUUUUGUUGCUGUUAAUAAAAAAAAAUGUGUCAUAACAUUUAUUACUUUUGACCAUGCAAAAUGAGCUGAAGUGGAAAGUUUUUAUUUAUAUUUUGCAUCAACUGAAUACAUCAAAAUAUGCCAGAAUUUACUUGGAUGUGGUAAUUUGUUCCAGCUACAUUUGCAUAAAGAAUAAACCAUUGUUGCCUUUUGAGAGGAAAAGUUAAGUUUCAUACACAAUGAAAUGUGGCUGUUUGAAACACUAAGGGACAAUGAAAUGCCAUUUGUGUUUUGUUUCUAGCAACAAAUGGCAGGACUGACACAACUCAGACUGGAUAAACAAUAGAAAGUUCUGGAAGAACAGUCAAUGUACAAAGUGAUAUGUGAUCAAGCUUAUAGUAAUGAGAUUACUUUUUAAAGGAUUUUUUUUCCUUCCCAUUUCUGAUCAAGUUUCCUUUCUCCAGAGAUCAGUGUGUAAAGGCUGGUAGCUGUGGUAGAGUCUUGCUUGGUUGGAUGUUACCAAAACUCGCUGUAGUUACAACCUUCUGACUAGUGUGGUCUCACUUUCAAGGUCUCACCCAGCUGCCUUACCAAGGACACAGUAAUGUGAAGUAACACAGGAUACUCUAUUCAUGUAUUUCUGAAUUGUUAAAAACUACUUCUGUUAAGGCUGUGGUACACAGGGCUACUUUUAUGGCAAAUCUGAUGAAUGUCAGUGAAACAGCUAACAGGAGCAUCUUGAAAUACCUGACCAGACCGUUAGCUGCUAAGUUGCCUGAAUAGACCCUCGUUUGACCACAUAUCAAAACACUGUCGAUGUCAUUCCUCUUUAAGAUGACUGCCAAUUAGUCCAGUGUUCUUGUUUUUUGGGGAUGGACAUCACUGCAGGUCAGGGGCCAUUCCUGACAGUCAGCAAUGAACCUGUUCUAUCAGCCACAAGCUGUUUUGUUUUCUGAAACUCAAAUAGAAAGUUGAGUAUGUAUUAAAACAAUAGAAUAUACUAUAAAUGUACACGCGUUCCUAUUUUUGUGAAGAGGAAAUAUUUCCCAUUGACCUGAGCAGAGUAAAUAAAGUUUCCAUCUCUUUGAGUGAAUGAGAUUAAUUCUUGUUAUUGAUAAAGGUAGAACGAGGGACACUUGCACAACACUGAUUAAGUUUGUCUUACUACAGCUAUUUGGUAACAGUCUCUAUAAUUCAAUCAAAAUCUAUGCAGGAUUGGUAGUUUGCAUACAGCCAUCUUGUUUUAACUCCUGCAGCUAUCAGCACAGUCAUUUUAAUACACAUGGGAUGUUUUUCAUGACAUUUGAUCAUUAGCUAUAGCAAGAAAGGAUUUUUAUAUGAAUGCAAACAUGUGGUCUUUGACAGCUUUUAUUCGAAGGUGGAGGAAACAUUUCAAAUCAUCUGAGUGCAAAUGAAAAGCAACAUUUCUUCCAUAUACAUGUAUUUACAGAUGCACUGGCACUUAGAUGCACUUUAGAGGCAAGGUUAAGAACUUAAUUAGUGGAAAGAAAAGGAGAGGGUGGUGAGCACACAGAUCAGAUAGGGCACACUCUGUUACAUAUACUCUACAUGCUUUUAAGUUUGGGAAUGUUAUGAUCUAAAGAAUACAAACUCCAUUUCCUGGCGAGGAACUUAAGUCAGAGCGUAGCUGCACCAAACUCUGAUGAACCGUUCACUUUGGACUUAAUGGUUUCUGAGAUAUUUAAAACUAAAAAGGAAAAAAAUGAAAUGCUUAGCUAAGUGCAUCUGAUCUCCUAUCAGUCAGGUAUCAGUGCAUACUACGAUCUGCAGCAUGCAUCUGAUGCCCCUCAGCUGUCUGGAGGUGAUUCCUCUUCUAUUCAGUUCCAAACAGAACUGAUCAAAGAAGGAACCGAGACAGAAGUAUUUCUACAAGGCAUCCACUGAGAAGUCUUCGCCUUGCUUGCUGUUGCUAACAGUGGAAGCAUGGACAGUGGACAGGGUGAGAAGGCCCACUGAGAUGAAUCAUGGGAUUUUAUAUUUAUAAUGCACCUCCGUAAUGCCUGGUCCCUGACCCUGUGCUGCUGACAAGCAGGCUACAUUAUCCUCUCCCCCUACAAACAAACUCCGCUUCAGAAUAACAAAACAAAACAAAUACCCCAAUGUGGGAAUUAUCACUAUCACACGCCUCUUUUCACAGUUAGUCAAAUGUAACAUUGAACUGUAGAUGACAAGGAUGGAAAGUGUGGCAUUCCACAGUGCAAGGAGGGAAAGGGAUGGGAGGGAAAGGGCUUUUUUUUUUUU